AACCUCUCGGCCUCUCCCUCCCAUCUCUCUCUGAGGCUGUCACUCUCCCUCUCUCUCGCCGAGAAUCGCCGCUUCAAGGAAGUUCCUCUCUCGGUCUCUCCCUCAAGUAGCUCAGAAUUCGAUAGAGAUUUUGGGCUCCCUCUCAUUCUGAGAUCAACAGGAUGAAUUUUGCAGCAUCUUUAUGCAGAAGAGUGAACAUCAGGGAGCUGGUUACAAACGUUCCUGUUUACAGCAGUGCUAGUGAGGUUUCUGGAGAUGGAUUGAGUAUGAUGUUUAGGCGCUGGGCCACCAAAAAGACUGCUGGAUCUACAAAGAAUGGACGGGACUCAAAACCAAAGAAUCUUGGGGUGAAGAAAUUUGGUGGAGAGAGAGUAAUACCAGGAAAUAUCAUUGUACGCCAGCGUGGCACCCGUUUCCAUCCGGGAAACUAUGUUGGAAUUGGAAGGGAUCACACCCUUUAUGCGUUGAAAGAAGGCUGUGUCAAGUUUGAACGAAACAAGCUGACAGGACGAAAAUGGGUACACAUUGAGCCCAAGGAUGGCCAUGUGCUUCAUCCUGUGUACGCAGAAGCCGGGGCUCUGGAGCUGCAGGCAACUGCUUAAGUCUCAUUGCCCAUGCUAUGUGUUGGAAUUAACAACUCUUAUGCUCUGAGUUUAUAAAUUUUAAGUUUCAUUUGAAAUCUUGUAGUUGUAGGCAAUGGCGGUACACAUGAUGUUCUGUGCUUGCUUUGAUUUCUUUCUUUUGAUGCAAUUCGAUGCAACAUAUGUACUUGAUUCAUAAAUUCAAAUGAAACUUUAGAAUGUACGCUUAGUAAAUUA